AGGGGUGUAGAGUAUUUUCGCCUGUACUGUGUAUUGACUGCGUUUGAUAAAGAAAAAAAAAGGGGAAGCUUUCACCCCUCAAAAACCCUAGUCUCCCUCGCUGCCAACAAAACCCCCCCAAAUAAAAACCCAGCCACUGAGCUCUCUCAGAGAAGAGAGGGGAACCACGCCAGUUGCUGAGCUCUUUGUGACUACCGCUCAAUCUAACACCCAGUCUCUGCUGCAUCUCCAACAAAAACUAUAUUACAGGCAGUUUCCAGCUUUCCCAUCACCAAACAGGUGAAAUUACCAGCACCAUAGUUUACCAAACAGGGUUUCCUGCUUUCACCCCACCAAUUUUCAGCUGCAUCUCAGAAUCAGUGAAAGUCAGCAGCAGGGGUGAUUCCCAGGACACUAGUGAAAGUUUAUCAAACGCUACCUAGGUUCCAGUGAAGACCUCAACAUAAUGUCUUAAUCUGAAAGGCCAACCCUAAAUUUUGUUACUUUCGCACCAACGACCAUGCCGAAGCAUUACAGACCUCCUGGUAAGAAGAGGGAGGGGAACUCAGCUAAAUACAUCACCAGAACGAAAGCCAUCCAUUAUCUGCAGAUCAAUCUCUCCAGUUUCAGGAAACUUUGCAUCCUUAAAGGAAUAUUUCCUAGGGAGCCAAAGAAAAAGUUGGAAGGAAAUGACAAAACCUAUUAUCACAUGAAAGAUAUUAUGUUCCUUGCUCACGAGCCUCUUUUGGAGAAAUUCAGGGAAAUUAGGGCAUAUGAUAAGAAGAUAAAGAGAGCAUUAGCAAAGAAGAAUAAGGAUGAGGUAGCUCGCCUAGAAAAAAAUCGCCCAUCUUACACUCUUGACCAUCUUGUCAAAGAAAGGUAUCCUCAAUUUGUUGAUGCACUUCGAGACUUGGAUGAUUGUCUUACAAUGAUCCACCUAUUCGCAGCACUGCCUGCAGUUGAGUCUGAACGUAUUAAUGUUAACCGGAUCCACAAUUGUAGAAGGUUGAGUCAUGAGUGGCAGGCAUACAUUUCUCGAACACAUAGCCUACGCAAGACAUUCAUCUCUGUCAAAGGCAUAUACUACCAGGCUGAGGUUCAGGGCCAAAAAAUCACCUGGUUAACACCCCAUGCAUUGCAACAAGUUAUACCAGAUGAUGUGGACUUCAAUGUAAUGCUAACCUUCUUGGAAUUCUAUGAGACCCUCCUUGCCUUUGCGAACUUCAAACUUUAUCAUUCCAUAAAUGUAAAAUAUCCACCCACUCUUGAUCCUCGGCUAGAAGCUUUGGCAGCAGACCUUUAUGCUUUAUCCAGGUAUUUGGCUGCUAGUUCUAGAACCCUGCUGCUUGAUAAUAAAGCUAUUGUCCCUUCUGAAUCGGAGCAAGUCGAUGGAGGCCAAGCGGAUAGGCAGCCGAAUGAAACUGAUGUAAGGUUGGCUUUACUUCAAAACCAGCUUCCUGCCAAUGAAUCAAGCUCAUUGACACGUCUUGUAGUGGAUGUUAUUGAUGAGGAUGAGGAUGACAUGGAAACUAGAGAGUGCAAAGCUCUCUUCAAAAAUUUGAAAAUUUUCCUCAGUCGUGAGGUUCCAAGGGAGUCAUUGCUCUUUGUUAUUCCUGCUUUUGGAGGUGUAGUUGGAUGGGAUGGCGAUGGUUCUCCAAUUAAAGAAUCAGAUGAGAGCAUAACUCAUCAGAUAGUGGAUAGGCCAACUCAGCCCCAUAUGUUCCUCUCUAGGGACUAUGUUCAACCACAAUGGGUUUAUGAUUGUGUUAAUUCUCUCAUUAUAAUACCAACUGAAAAUUAUCUCAUUGGAAGGGUUGCUCCACCUCACUUGUCGCCUUUUGUUGACAAUGAAGCUGAAGGCUAUGUACCUGAGUAUGCAGAGACCAUAAAGCGCCUCCAAGCAGCUUAUAAAAAGCAACUUCUGCCGAUGCCAGACUUAGAGCAGCAGGACAUAGAUGACCCUAAGAAUCUGUUUAUUGAAGGUGUGAUCAAUAGGAGUGAAGACACUGAAGCUUCCCAAAGGAAGCGGGAGCGGGAGAUCCUGGAGAAGCAAUACCACAAUGAACUCAAAAUUGAAAUGCAAGGUGUUACCUGUUCUGCAUCUGUUCCCUUACAAGGCAAUACCCUGGAUGAGGAUAUUGAAGGCUCAAUACCUCAGCCAGAUCAUGCUCCUAAUGAGAAUGAGAACCUCUCAAAGUCUUUGAUGUCGCGUAAGAAGAGGAAGCUUUAUGAAGCCAUGCAGAUUGGCAAAGCACGGAAGCGAGCAGAUAUUGAGCUCCUGAAGGAGAGGAAGAAGAAAGCAGACAAGCAAAAUGAUUAAUCUUUCUAGCAAUCAACUAAUUUGUCUGUUUUUUUUGUUAUUUAUAUUAUGGAUUCUAAUCCAUUCAUGGAUUAGUUCAAUUUUGUUCAGCUCUUGCAUGCAUUUACCAUGAGCCCGAGGCUAAAUUAGUAAAUAUUUAUUUGGUGACUGCAA